GAAGAUUUGACGAUGAUUGCAGCAGAACGUGGCCAUGACAGCGUCAUUAGAUUGGACCGCAGUGCGUUUGUGGACGAUGCAUCCAACGCAGCUCUUCUGCGCCAACACGGCGUGACAGCCAUGAGCUCGCGUGUCCCAAUCGACGGCGCCGACGUCUCCCAGCUGCGCAAGGACGACGUCGUGCAGCUCUUGUCGUCGCUCAGCGCCGAGACAAAGCUCCUGACGUUUGCGCCGCCACCAGAAGCCGAGGCGCCGCAUCUGCUCUGCGCCAAAGGCCGGUCGCUGGCCAUCUUCAAGGCCGUCGCACCCGAGAGUGCACAGAGCGCUGCGACGUCCCCGUCGUCGAUGCCAACACUCGCCGUCGAUGUCGAGGCGUCUGUGGAGCUGCGCUCGACUAUUGCGUCACUGGCGAUCGUGAGCCUUCCGAUCGACGGACGGUAGUACCUUAUCAGCGACGACUUCGCAAGCCCGCAAUGCUAUCUUUUGUCACCUGCUACGUGCCAGAGCCAUGGGACUCG